GUCUUCGUGACAAAUUCAGAAUUUAACUGUAAAUUAAAAAAAAAAUCCGAGAUUCCUUGAUUUGUGGAUUCCGGUCAACAAUGGCGGAGGAAAUCUCAAAGUCAGCGGGCGAUUCAUCUGCCGCUACGGCGGCUGCUACGAACGCGGCGAAGUCGAAAUGGAAAAUCUUGAGGCCCAAUUCACUCCGGUGGAUACCGACCUCCACCGAUAACACCAUCGCCGCCGAGAAGCGUCUUCUCUCCAUCCUCAAGACGCGGUAUGUACAGGAGCAAGUCAACAUUGGUUCAGGACCACCAGGCUCCAAAGUCAGGUGGUUUAGGUCUUCCAGCAAUGAGUCUAGGUACAUCAACACUGUCUCCUUUGACGCCAAGGAGGGAUCUCCCACUCUUGUCAUGGUUCAUGGAUACGGUGCUUCUCAAGGCUUCUUCUUUCGUAACUUUGAUGCCCUUGCGAGUCGGUUCAGGGUCAUCGCUAUUGAUCAACUUGGGUGGGGUGGAUCAAGUAGACCUGAUUUUACGUGUAAAAGCACAGAAGAGACAGAGGCAUGGUUUAUAGACUCAUUUGAGGAAUGGCGUAAAUCCAAGAAUCUCAGCAACUUUAUUCUAUUAGGACACUCUUUUGGUGGUUAUGUUGCUGCUAAGUACGCUCUCAAGCAUCCUGAGCAUGUUCAACACUUGGUUCUGGUGGGGUCUGCUGGGUUUACUGCAGAAUCAGAUCCCAAAUCAGAAUGGCUCACUAAGUUCAGAGCAACAUGGAAAGGUGCUGUUCUGAAUCAUUUGUGGGAGUCUAACUUCACUCCUCAGAAGCUGGUUAGAGGAUUAGGUCCUUGGGGUCCAGGUCUUGUGAACCGGUAUACAAGUGCAAGAUUUGGUGCACAUUCGGAGGGAACUGAGCUAACAGAUGAGGAAUCCAGAUUGCUUACCGAUUAUGUGUAUCAUACUUUGGCUGCAAAGGCUAGUGGAGAGCUGUGCUUGAAAUACAUCUUCUCAUUUGGAGCAUUUGCUCGGAAGCCCCUCUUACAAAGCGCAUCAGAUUGGAAAGUGCCAACUACUUUUAUCUAUGGGAUGAAUGAUUGGAUGAACUAUCAAGGCGCAGUGGAAGCGAGGAAACACAUGAAGGUCCCUUGCGAAAUCAUUCGUGUUCCACAGGGUGGCCAUUUUGUGUUCAUAGACAACCCAUCUGGUUUUCAUUCGGCAGUGCUUUAUGCUUGCCGUAAGCAUUUAUCUCAAGACCAAGACUCCUCUCAUCAAGAACAACUCCCAGAUGGUUUGCGAUUGGUUUAGUCGUGCUAUGUUGUUCUUUUACAUUUCAACUACAUUAUAUAUGUACACAUGCAAGAAUAUAAGAGAACAUAAAAAAAAUAAAAAAAAGAAGGAAUCUUUUAAAAUUUUCAAAUUCUUUUCCAUUUUGGUUGUGUUUGAAGUCUCUGAAGUUCCAAAUGUCAU